GAAGGAGGUGCUAGACAGCAUGGAGGGCUUUCUGCUCUCCAAUGGGUACCAGCUGGGCAAGACCAUUGGGGAAGGGACCUACUCAAAAGUCAAAGAAGCAGUUUCCAAAAAACACCAAAGAAAAGUGGCGAUUAAAAUUAUAGACAAGAUGGGAGGGCCAGAAGAGUUUAUCCAGAGAUUCCUGCCUCGGGAGCUCCAGAUUGUCCGUACCCUGGACCACAAGAACAUCAUCCGAGUGUAUGAGACGCUGGAGUCUGCAGACGGGAAAAUCUACCUGGUGAUGGAGCUGGCUGAAGGAGGGGAUGUCUUUGACUGUGUGCUGAAUGGGGGGCCACUGCCCGAGAGCCGGGCCAAGGCCCUCUUCCAUCAGAUGGUCGAGGCCAUCCGCUACUGCCAUGGCUGUGGUGUGGCUCACCGGGACCUCAAGUGCGAGAACGCUUUGUUGCAGGGCUUCAACCUGAAGCUGACAGACUUUGGCUUCGCCAAGGUGUUGCCCAAAUCAUGCCGGGAGCUGAGCCAGACCUUCUGCGGCAGCACAGCCUAUGCCGCCCCAGAGGUACUUCAGGGUAUUCCCCACGAUAGCAAGAAGGGUGACGUCUGGAGCAUGGGCGUGGUCCUGUACGUCAUGCUCUGUGCCAGCCUACCUUUUGAUGACACAGACAUCCCCAAGAUGCUGUGGCAGCAGCAGAAGAGGGUGUCCUUCCCCACUCAUCUGGGCAUCUCGGCUGAAUGCCAGGACUUGCUCAAGCGGCUCCUGGAACCAGACAUGAUCCUCCGGCCUUCAAUCGAAGAAGUCAGUUGGCAUCCAUGGCUAGCAAGCACUUGAUAAAAGCAAUGGCAAGUCCUCCCCAGUAAAGUAGGGGGAGAAAGCAAACCCAAAAACCCACUUCUAAAAUGGUGAUAUAUAUUUUACACUUUGUUUACUUAUCCUAAAACUUACCUACACCCUCUCCAGCCUUACUUCUCUUUCCCUUUAAAGAUCUUCAUGGAACCAGAGGGCCUCAUUCAGACUUCCCUUUUAUUACAGCUGACAAGUGAUUUUCAUACAGGUGUUUAACUAAAGUUAAUUAAAAACAGACCCCAGAAUCAUACACAUACAGGCGGAGGAGAGGAGAAAAAUGACCAAGAGCAACUGGAACCACUGUUGUUGCAACUUCCUUUCCAAAUAAAAGCAGAAGCGUUGGG